AUGGGUUUAGAGAAUGGCUUAUCCAUUGUCAUGGUAAUCCACAUAGCACCAAUUCUGCUGAGGGAAGUCUGUAUAGAGAUGAAGACAAAGGGGACCAUGCUCAUCCAGUCUUACCCGUCCCUCCUCACCCUAAAGCCACUGGUUGAUAGAAUGGUGGAAAGGCCGACUGAAGAUGCAUUUGUGGCAACAGCUAAGGGGCAUGUGGCACACUCUGCAACUGAAGCAAUGUUCUCCAGGGUGCGGAACAUAUUGGCUUCAGAAUAUCCUUUGAUAGCAGGUGGAAAACUUGUCAAAACCCCAAGAACAGUGGGAUUGCCAAAUUUAAAAGUGAUGAAACGCUGCACAGACCAUCUCUUAAAGGAUACACAAGAAGCUGCUAACUAUCGAUCUUUGAGAAAUGGAGGACAGUGGUUAGAAUCACACCUUGCUCUGUGCAUCUGUGCACGUUGUCAAAAAAAUAUUUUUAUAUUUCUUCAAUUCUCUCUGAAGGAGUCUAAAACUACCUACCUGGAAGACCUUCCACCUCUCCCCGAGUAUGAAUUGCCUCCAUCCAAGUUAGGAGAGGAAGUGGAUGAUGUUUAUCUCAUUCGAGCUCAAGGAUUACCAUGGUCGUGCACUGUCGAAGAUGUGCUUAGCUUUUUUUCAGACUGCAGAAUCCGCAACGGUGAGAAUGGAAUACACUUCCUCUUAAACAGAGAUGGGAAACGAAGGGGUGAUGCCUUAAUUGAAAUGGAGUCGGAGCAGGACGUGCAGAAAGCCUUGGAAAAGCACCGCUUGUACAUGGGGCAGCGGUAUGUGGAAGUAUAUGAGAUAAACAAUGAAGACGUGGAUGCCUUAAUGAAGAACCUGCAGGUCAAAUCUUCACCUGUGGUAAAUGAUGGUGUGGUUCGCCUGAGAGGACUUCCGUAUAGUUGCAAUGAGAAAGACAUUGUAGACUUCUUUGCAGGACUGAAUAUAGUAGACAUUACUUUUGUAAUGGACUACAGAGGAAGAAGAAAGACAGGAGAAGCCUAUGUGCAGUUUGAAGAACCAGAAAUGGCCAACCAAGCCCUAUUGAAACACAGGGAAGAAAUUGGUAACCGAUAUAUAGAGAUAUUUCCAAGCAGAAGGAACGAAGUUCGAACACACGUUGGUUCUUAUAAGGGAAAGAAAAUGGCAUCUCCUACUGCUAAGUAUAUAACUGAUCCAGAAGUGGUCUUUGAAGAACACGAAGUAAAUGAGGAUAUUCGACCCGUGACAGCUUUUGAAAGUGAGAAGGAAAUAGAAUUGCCUAAGGAGGUGUCAGAAAAGCUUCCAGAGCCUGUUGAUUUUGGAACUACGUCUUCACAUUUUGUUCACAUGAGAGGAUUGCCUUUCCAAGCCAAUGCCCAAGACAUUAUAAACUUUUUUGCUCCACUGAAGCCUGUUAGAAUCACCAUGGAAUACAGUUCCAGCGGGAAGGCCACUGGCGAAGCUGAUGUGCACUUCGAGACCCAUGAGGACGCCGUUGCAGCUAUGCUCAGGGAUCGGUCCCACGUUCAGCAUAGGUAUAUUGAAUUGUUCCUGAAUUCAUGUCCAAAGGGAAAGUAAGACUUCCAGGGACUCCAGAUAAUAAGGAUGAAGCAAGAAGCAUUUCAUUUGCACAUCUGUCUUGGAUAUGGGAUAUAAAGUUCCAGUGUUUUAGCAGCAACUGUUAGAGAAAGGAUUUUGGGGUUUUGGGUUAGGUUAAUUGCUUAUAAGAAAAAUUUCUUAGUGGACUGUUUAGAAGGAAAAGGGAAAGAUUCAGUUUGGGAUUAAUGAACCUCAAAUUUAAAUUUUGUUUAACCUGUCCAGGAUAGGAUCUGAUUUAAAAAUCUGGUCUUUAUUUUAUGAUUAAAUAAUUUGUUUUCAUAGAGGAUAUGUUACCCAAUGUAAAGACUGCAUAUUUUUAUUCAGCACUGUUCUUUAAAAUCUUUCUCCCAUUUUAAAAAUGAUUUGUUUGAGAGCUCUGAUAUAAAACUUCUAUGGAAUAAAAUACUGAUUUCUUUUAACCAAA